AGGCCGGGAAUGAAAUAAACAAGCUAAAAACGAUGGCUAAUAAAGCAAUGUUUACAAAUGAAAUGACUGAUUACAUUAUUGAAAGCGUCCAUUCUGCAGAAUAUGUAUGGAACCACGCAAAUCCGAUGUAUAAACUAAAAAGCAUGAAAAGUGAUUUCUGGUCGAAUUUAACAAGGGAAAUUAACAAUAAAUUUCAUCCAUCUGUGCAGCUCUCCCAAGGAGAUGUGUCCAGAAAGUGGAACAACCUCAAAUCCUACUACACAUUUGAGUGCCAGAAAGUUAUGAAGGCCAAGCAAUGCGAAUUCGUUCCUGAAAUGACUGAGGUGGAUUGGAAGAAUAAGUCCAAGAUGGACUUUCUAGCAAAACUUAUAACUUCCACAAAUUGCAAAAGAAUUAAAAGUGACAGUUAUAUAGAAUCAAAAUCUGCGGACGAUGAAUUCUUUAGUCAGAAUAAUUUCGAAUCACAAGAUGAGUCCUGGUCAGGCGAUACUGGAACCCAGUCCUCAUUUCAAGUACCAGAACUUUCAAUUGAAGCAGAGGAAGAAAAAUUCAGCGAUAUAUUAAAGAAAGCAGAGAUGACUCCUAAAUCUGAUAAUCAGCAUUCAAGAAGUUUAACUGAUGCACAUUCUUUAACUCAGCCGCCGAUAUCGACAUCUGAUGAAGACGAUCAAACGUCGAGUAUUAACGCCUACAAGAGGCCUCGUGAAAAUACAGAUCGCCUUGCAUCUAUGGUUGCAAAUCUAAUUGAACAUCAAAGUACUCUAUUUGCACGGCCAGCCCCACCGACACUGGAUCAUCCAGAAAUGUAUGCAUUCUGGGAUAGUAUUAUUAAGGAAAUACCCGCAGAGGCGUUGCCAGAAAUCAAAUUUGAAGUCACGGCAGUGUUGCAUACAAUUUAUAAAAAAUAUAAGAAAUAAUUUAAGCAUAUUUAUUGUAUUAUUAAGCGAAAUAACACUUAGUUGCAUUUUAGACAAUUUUAAUUCGGAUACAGCUGUUAAAUAAUGUGAACGUAUAUUCCAUACAUUUUAAUUACUAAA